UUUGGCAGCGACGGUAAGAAUCAAGGAGGCUGCUGUUAUCUCGGUGUCUAAGCUCCUGUCUCGUUCAGAAAGGGACGAAACGAUGUCCUACACAAAGUUCGUAGCAUCUCUUGUGCGGGCCAACUCUGGAAAGGUGAAUAAAAUUCGUGUUUCACCUGCAAGAUGUCGCUCAACGGUCGCAUCUCCCAAGAGCCAGGAAGAGAAGAAGCAGUUGGAGGGGUGCACCGUGGUCCAAGCUGAGCCCGUUGAACUCAUCAGUCAGACCAAAAACGCCAAAGAUAUCCACCUGCAUAAAAUCCACAUCGACUUCGACAACACGGAGGAAGCCUACAAGAGCAAGAGGAACAUUGAGCUGCUGCGUAGUCUGCUCGUCUUCAACCUGUGUGCUGUGGACGUCCUGGUGGAGAAGAACAAAGAACUGAUGGAGCUGAGCAGGAAGCUGCUGGGUCAGCGCAUGUUUGAGAAGAUGAUGAAGAUGACCUUCUAUGGCCAGUUCGUGGCAGGUGAAGACCACAACUCCAUCAAACCUUUAAUCCACAAGAACCAGGCUUUCGGCGUGGGAGCAGUUUUAGACUACAGUGUGGAAGAAGACCUGACACAAGAGGAGGCAGAAAAGAAAGAAAUGGAUUCCUGUGUGUCUGAAGCAGAGAAAGAAAGUCCAGGCGCUGAUCACCGUGAGAAGAAAUACAAGGCCCAUCGUCAGUUUGGGGACAGACGUGGGGGGGUCAUCAGUGCUCGCACCUACUUCUACGCAGAUGAGGCGAAAUGUGACAACCAAAUGGAGACGUUCAUAAACUGCAUUAAAGCCUCAGGUGGAGCUUCCAGUGAUGGAUUUUCUGCCAUAAAAUUGACCGCACUUGGUCGCCCACAGUUUCUUCUCCAGUUUUCUGAGGUCCUGGUUAAAUGGAGACAGUUCUUUCACUUCUUAGCAGCACUACAAGGAAAAUCCGACAUGACGGCUCUGGAAAAGAAGCUGGAACUGGAGCAGCUGAAGGAAAGCUUGGCUCAGAUGGGAGUUGGAGACAAAGACGACAUUGAGAACUGGUUCACCGGAGAGAAGCUGGGUUUAUCUGGAACGAUCGACCUGUUGGACUGGAACAGCUUGAUAAAUGACACAACGAAGAUUUCUAAUCUGCUCAUGGUGCCAAAUCUUGAGACAGGUCAGCUGGAGCCUUUGCAGAGUAUAUUUACAGCUGAGGAGGAGAGCCAGAUGAAGAGAAUGCUGCAGAGAGUGGACAUUCUGGCAAAGCAUGCAGUGGAGAAUGGUGUGAGGCUAAUGGUUGAUGCUGAGCAGACGUAUUUCCAACCGGCCAUCAGCCGAUUGACCCUGGAGAUGCAGAGGAAGUUCAACAAGGAGAAGCCGGUGAUUUUCAACACUUACCAGUGUUACCUUAAGGAAGCCUAUGACAACCUGACUCUGGAUGUUGAGCUCUCACGACGGGAAGGCUGGUACUUUGGAGCCAAACUCGUCCGAGGAGCUUACAUGUACCAGGAGAGAGCCAGGGCAAAGGAGAUAGGCUACGAAGACCCGAUAAACCCAGACUAUGAAGCAACUAACAGGAUGUAUCACAAAUGUUUGGAGUAUGUGCUGGAGGAGAUCGAACACAACAGGAAAGCAAAUAUUAUGGUUGCAACUCACAAUGAGGACACGGUGAAGUUCACCCUUGAAAAAAUGAACGAAAUGGACCUUUCCCCCAUGGAGAAUAAAGUUUACUUUGGACAGCUGCUCGGCAUGUGUGACCAGAUCAGCUUCCCGCUAGGUCAGGCAGGUUUUCCAGUUUACAAGUACGUUCCCUACGGUCCCGUCAAUGAAGUCAUCCCCUAUCUGUCUCGACGUGCGCUGGAAAACCGAGGCUUCAUGAAAGGAUCUCGGAGGGAGCGCAGCCUGCUGUGGAAGGAGCUGCGGCGCAGGCUUGUGGGCGGUCAGAUUUUCUACAAACCCGUUUACUGAUCAGCCAAACGUCACAACAUACUGACUACACGUUUGUAAUCAUUCCACUUGGCUCAGCGUGCUGCUAGUUCCUUUUUGUUGUGGAGGGAUAAAGACUUUCUUUAGAGCUGCAUUGAAUCAUAUUUCACUUUGAAGUGUUUCUGCAUUAUUUGUCUGUUCAAAGAGAUUGUUUUGCCUUUAGAA